AUGGUAUUAAGUGCAACAGUGGUAGGAGCUCUGUUGGGGUUGGGCACCCAGAUGUACUCCAAUGCUCUCCGCAAACUCCCUUACAUGCGCCAUCCGUGGGAACAUGUGUUGGGUAUGGGAUUAGGAGCUGUUUUUGUGAAUCAGUUAGUCAAAUGGGAUGCUCAGCUUCAACAAGACCUUGACAAGAUGCUUCAAAAAGCUAAGGAAGCCAAUGAGCGCCGCUACUUCGGGCGAGGGGGAAAGAAAAGAUGUGUUUGUUUGUGUGGAGAUGUGGGAGAUAAAGGAAAAUUGUUUCAUAAGUGGAUUUGUAGGGACAGAGGAAAAAAAGGGGAGAGAACAUAUGGAAUUAGGGGAUCGUGGAAGACUUAUAAAAAGAGAAUGAAAGAAAUAAAAGAAAGUAGUGGACUAGUGAUUUUUGAGGAAAGUAAAAGGAAAACAGAUGCAGGUUGUUGCUACAACCUAAGAUUGCACGACUCUAAGUUUUUGUACUUGGAACAUGCAAAUAUGAUGGAGCUGGCAACAUCUAUAGCAAGGCUGAUUCAGAGAAAUGGCUUGUAG